GUUUAGAUCAGCAUUGUGGUACAUUUGCUGAAUCGUCACACUCUUUAACGGUUGGACUGCAGGUAUGGAAGAGGACGAGGUUCAGUACGCAUCAGUAGUGAUUAAAAGCAAGAGGCCGCCGAGAGCUAAAAUUGAGGAAGAUGUUGUGUAUUCUGAAGUGAAGAUCCGAAAUCAAACGGCUCCGCAAACACCUAACACAAAUGUCUCUGCAGGACUUGUUUCAGACAAGAAAGCUGAAAGAAGAUAUCGCCAGUAUAAGAAGUAUCUGUGUUGCUUCGGGAGUCUAUGUUUAAUUUUGGUGUUGGCCAUCAUUGGAAUCUGUCUCUAUUUUAUAUUUCUUCAGAAGAGGGCUGAACAGGAGCUGAAACUGCUGAAAGAUGAACAGACAAUUCUACUGGGAGAAAAUGACAACUUGAAACAAGAAAAAAACAAUCUGACAAACCUUAAUAACAAGCUGAGCUCAGAUUUUAAAAAUCUGACAAACCUUAAUAACAAGCUGAGCUCUGAUUUAAAAAAUCUGACAAACCUUAACGACAAACUGAGCUCAGAUUUUAACAACACGGUUCAGAACCUAACAAACCUUAACAACAAACUUAACAACAAGGUUCAGAACCUGACAAACCUUAACAACAAACUUAACAACAAGGUUCAGAACCUGACAAAACAAAAUGCAAACCUGACACAAGAACUUUAUCAAGUUAAGAAGGAAAAUCAGGAGCUGGAGACAGAGAGCAAGAACCUCACAGAACAAAUAGAAACAAUGGAGAAAACUUGGAAUGAGAAGAAUGUUAGUCGAGCUCAGUGGAGCAUUGAUAAUUACUGUCCAAGAGAAAACAACGAGAGAAAGUGUAAAUCUUGUCCAAAAGGAUGGAUGAACAAUGGUUCCAGCUGCUUUGCUAUUAAUAAUGCUGAAUCCAAGGACUGGAAAACCUGGGAAGAAGCACAGAAAGACUGCAGAGGAAAAGGUUCAGAUCUGGCUGUUGUUGGUGAUGAAGCAGAAAAGAAGUUUGUUACAGACGAAAGUUGGACUGGUAACGAUAUUAAGGGAUACUGGAUUGGCCUCAGAGCUGUAGACGGGAAAUGGAAAUGGAUCAAUGGAAGUGAUCUGACCAUUCAAUCCUGGAUAAAGAAACUUCCUAAUGAAGCUACUGAUCAAUGUGUGACUUCUCACCAGAGCGAUGAAUGGAGCUCCAAGAGCUGUAAUGAGAAAAACGCCUGGAUCUGUGGGAAGAAGGCUAUAUCUGUUUAGAGAUGAAAUAUUCAGAUUUCUGGAAGUUAUUUUAAUACCCUUCAAGAAAAUUAGAAUCAGUGCAUGUGUUAAACACGAUUUUCAUGUACAAAUAAGGUAGUUAUUACUUAGCAAUUGAAAUUAUUUUAGCUGUAAAACUGAUUUACACUUUAACAUGUAUUUAUUAUUACUCUGAGGUAGAUUCCAGAAAAGUAUCUCCCUGCAGGUGAUUUCCAAUAUUUAUUGC